CCCACGCUCGUGGUCUGUGUAAUACGGAAGAGAGGAUGAGAGACAUUCCACGUCAUUGAGGUGCACUUGUGCGAUAUAUAUAUAUAUAUAUAUUAAUAGUUGAGCUAUUUCCGUAAGAUUUUUAUGCGUUUGCACACCAUGGUUAAGUUAAUAUUGAAUCAUUAGAGAUUGAAAUUAUAUUCAGACCAGCUUCGUCUUUCACUGAAAGGAGCGGCCUGGACAUUGGAAUUCAGCUGAAGAGUGACUGACUGCUGCUUAACCUUGAUGGGCGAAUCAGGGUCGUGCCGCUCCACGCUCGUCUCCAGGCUGCCCAUCUUCAGGAGGAGCUUGAGUAAGAGGCAGGACUCGUUGCCCUCCUCCCCGUCCUCAGGCAGCGUGGGCAAUGGCGUCCACACCUCGUCCCCUUCCAGCACCAACUCUAGCAACAGCAGCACGGGCAAACGUCGCAGCCUGUUCCGCACGCCCUCCAUCCGCUUCAGCAGCAAGAGGAACAGCGAACCACCACGCAUCCAGACCCCUCCGCUAGAUCUAGCCCAGGACUCUAACGGCAGCCAGGCCAACCCUCAGAUGGGCUUUCAGGAUGGCGCUGGGCCUCCACGGGCCAAGACGCGGCACUCAUUUGGCUUCGGUGGCCACCGGCAGAAGAAGAUCACCCGCUCGCAGACGGAGGACUUUGAAAAGGUGUCUUCCACGGCCAAUAGGAAUGUCUUCAUCAAAUGCAUCAGCUCAGCUACCAAUGAGGGAGACGACUCUGGGUUUCUGGAAGACUACAGCGGCGGCAGCAAACGCUCAUCCAGGCAGAAGAAACAGCUGCUGCCCAAGUCAUUCUCUGCACACCACCGCUUCUCCAAGAACUCUGAGCAGUGCAAGCCCACAGAGGUGAGCAUAGAACCCCCAGCGUCCGGGGGUACCCUGGGCUCGUGGCCAGGCGAGCUGCUGGGGGAGAGCUCCCUGCAGUCGCCCAUGCUGUCUGAGGACCACACCACAGCCCUCACACCCUCCGAGUUUAAUGUCCCCAUCACAGAGGACACUGUGUCCGAGGUGGAUGCGCUACCCGCACCCAGCCCAGCCGACCCGCCAGACAGCAACUUCAGCCACGUCGUCUCUACAUCCCAAGUGUUCUUCACGCCUGCCCAAGCUGCCACAGACAAGCCCCUCCUGCCAGACACCAGCACAGCCAACACCACGGAGUGUGAGACUGCAAUUCCUGUCACAGGGCCAGCAACAGCUGCAACAACACCAAUGCCACCGCAACAACAACAAUCACAGGAAUAUAAGGAAGAGGGGGAAGAGGAGAAGGAGGAUGUGCCGGUGGUGGAGGAAGAGGUGAGACCAGUGCAGACGGAGACUAGUGAGAGCGAGGCAGGCCCAGUGCAUAGUAAAGGCUACCAUUCCAAUCCAGAGCAGUCUGAGAGGAGGUCCAGGAACUCUGUACUCAUCCAGGAACCAGGGAAGGGAGCGUGCUGCGGUAGACAUGAACUCAGAUCAUGCCACCUGAGGAAACCCCACACAGUGUCCAUGUGCAGCAGCGGUGCCAGUCCCUACCAUGAAGUGAUACGCAUGGAGCGCCGGCUCCGCUCCUCCUCGGAAGGGGCUGGGGUGCCGCGGCGGCUCCACCUCAACCUCAAAGAGCCCCACAGCGCCACCGAGGGUAACGUCCUGCUCAGAAAGAGGAACAACUCAUCCUCCUCCAAGCUGGGCAGCCUGGACCUACUGAACAACCUGGGUUCCUCUGAGCUGGAUGAGGAUGACCUGAUGUUGGACCUGGAGCUCUCUGAUGACCAACGCCAGCGUCACGUAUUCCGAGAGGACUCCAGUCAGUCCCUGUCCUCCUGCCUGAGCCUGCUGCACUCCCGCUUUGAGCCCUCUGGAGACGGGAUUCCUGGCAGGGAUCCCUCUGGAGACGGGAUUCCUGGCAGGGAGCCCUCUGCAAACAGGAUCCUCGGCAGGGAGCCCUCUGGAGACGGGAUUCCUGGCAAGGAGCCCUCUGGAAACAGGAUCCUCGGCAGGGAGCCCUCUGGAGACGGGAUCCCUAGCAGGGAGCCCAGAGGCGCCACCACCCACAGGGAGCUGAACCGGCCCACUACCCUGCUGCCUACUGACUGGUGCCUGGGCCGGGAGGACGAGGCCCCGGGGCUAGAGGCACUGCCCCUUAGGCUGAUGCAGCAAGACUGCACCUCCGUUAAGACCCUUCUGCUGCGCCUCCGGAGGACCCUGCAGGAGAGCACUGACACAAGCCCUGCAAGCAUCCUUCAUUCUCUCCCCAUCAGCCCUUGUAGUGAGAAGUCACUGCCCCUCAAGGAGCCAGGGAGGGAAGAGGCUCUGGUGCUGCAGCUGAGGGAGAAGGACGAGCUGAUCCUCCAACUGCAGGCUGAACUGGAGAGUGCCAAAGCUGCCCUGAAACCCAUCUGCCAAAAAGCUGACAGAACCACGCAGACAGACCGCCCUGGAUCAGAGACCAUCUAUCCCAGCCGGGCAACAAGCCAAAACAGUACCAGCACAAGAGACAGAAGGCCGGCUCGGUCUCUCAUCGAGGACCAAUACAGCCGUAUGGCGGCAGAACACUCCACUUCCAGCGAUGAGAGCCACUGCCCAGCCCCAGCCCUGUCGUCCAGUGGCCCCGGGGGAGGCAGGGACCAUGCAGGACCCCCGAGGAGACCAGAAGGGGCUCUGACCUCAUCAGAGGUAGGGGCUCUCAGGAGAAUCGACUACCCAGCCAGCCAGAUCCCCCGGGCGGUGGUGGUGGGGAAUGCGAUGUGGGGCAGCAGCUCCAGCCUCCAGAGCCGAGGCAGUCCCUGCCGAAGCAGCCUCUCCUCAGACAGUGAGAGAGCCCCGGUACCUAUACCUUGCCAGCCUUCUCUCUCCACCUCAUCUUCCUCUUCCUCCUUCACGGGCCGCCUGGGUCAGCCUCCCAGAGGCCCCCUUUCCCUGCACAUGUACAGCCGCAAGAACGUCUUCCUACAGCACUCACUUUACACUGCCGAACUGCAGGCCCUGGCCCAACACGACGGCUAAGGCACACACACACACACACUCGCACGCACACAACCAUUCAGACUUAUACACACACCUUUCACUUUCCCCAUAUCCCCUAAAACAUAUCAUAUAAUGGACACAUCACCAUCUGAAUCAUGGAAGUGAAAGUAAUCUCCGGAAUCCACCUAACAACCAGUGUCCUCAACCAUCAACUUCCAAUCAACUUGACUUUAGCUCAAAUCCUACCCAUUUCUUACAUUUCAUUCAUCUCAACAACUAGCUGUCAGUCCUUCCCAUCCCUGAGCAGAGUAUGCUGUAACAGACACUAUCCUGUACCCACCAUCUAGAUCACAGUUACACGAUCAUCCAAGCAUACCUCUAGACUCACAGAACCUCAGAAGGUACAUGUCUGUGUGGUACUGUGCAUUUGACCACUUUGACAUAUUAAAAGGUUGAUAGAUGUGCUCACUUGAACACACACACCAGUCUGCCCGCCAGCCAGUCUGCCAGUCAGUCAGCCAGUCAGUCUGCCAGUCAGUCAGCCAGUCAGUCUGCCAGUCAGUCAGCCAGUCAG